AUUAAUAUUCAUGAACACCUUCUUCGCCGUAGUAGGUUUCGUAAUUUCGCUCAGCGAAGAUGGCGGCGUGUAGACGUGUGCAGCGGCUGCUGCUGCUGUUGAUAUUCAUCUCCUGCUCGAUUUGUUCUGCUCGUGGAGCCAAAUCAGUUCACGGAGAUAGUGAAAAUGCCCCAGAUAAUAGCGAAAGAGGUAAAAAUCCAGUGGGAGACGGGAAAGCAAUGGCGUUGGAGGGGGCCUCGUCGGUUCGUCGCAGCGGCGGCUGGAAGCUCGCAGAGGAGGCGGCCUGUCGGGAGGACGUGAGCCGGAUCUGCCCCAAACACUCCUGGAACAACAACCUGGCCGUCCUGGAGUGCUUGCAGGACCGAAAAGACGACACAGAGAUCGGUACAGACUGCAAUCAUCUGCUGUGGAACUACAAGCUGAAUCUGACAACUGAUCCAAAGUUUGAGUCUGUGGCCAUUGAGGUGUGCAAGACGUCCAUCAAUGGGAUUAAGGAGUGUGCCGCUGAGGAACGUGGGAAGGGUUACCUGGUGUCGUGUUUAGUUGAUCACCGCACCAAUAUCUCAGAGUACCAGUGUAACCAGUACAUCACCAAGAUGGCCAGUAUAGUGUUCAGCGAUUACCGGCUGAUCUGCGGCUUCACGGACAAGUGCAAGGAGGACAUCAACAAACUGCACUGUGGAAGCGUCAACACAGGAGAGAAGGAUAUCCACUCUCAAGGAGAGGUGAUCUCGUGUCUGGAGAAAGGCCUGGUGAGUGAAGCCGAGGAGCAGCCGGGUCACUACACCAUCAAAGAGGACUGUAAGAAGGCCAUCAUGCGCGUGGCCGAACUCUCUUCUGACGACUUCCACCUGGACCGCCACCUCUUCUUCUCCUGCCGGGAAGACCGCGAGCGCUUCUGUGAAAACACUCCAGCCGGAGAGGGAAAGGUCUACAAAUGUCUGUUCAACCACAAGUAUGAGGAGAGCAUGUCAGACAAAUGCAAGGACGCUCUUUCCACUCGUCAGAAGCUAAUAGCUCAGGACUACAAGGUCAGCUACUCACUGGCUAAAGCCUGCAAACCGGACCUGCGUAAAUACCGCUGCAACAUGGACACGGCGAUGCCACGAGCGCGAGAGGCCAAGCUCUCGUACCUGCUGCUGUGCCUGGAGGCCGCCGUACAUCGCGGUCAAACCGUGAGCGGUGAGUGUCAGGGCGAGAUGCUGGACUACAGGCGGAUGCUGAUGGAAGAUUACUCCCUCAGUCCAGAGAUCGUGCUGCAUUGCCGAGGGGAGAUUGACACGCACUGCUCUGGCCUGCACCACAAGGGCCGGACCCUGCACUGCCUCAUGAGGGUGUUCCGGGACAAGGCCAUCAUGGAAGGCCACUGCCAGAAAGCUAUCCAGACGCUGAUUCAGGAAACAGACCCCGGGGCCGACUAUCGCAUCGACCGCGCUCUGAACGAGGCCUGUGAGUCCGUCAUCCAGACCGCCUGCAAACACAUCCGAAACGGAGACCCCAUGAUCCUGUCCUGUCUGAUGGAGCAUCUGUACACUGAUAAGAUGGUUGAAGACUGUGAACACAGACUUCUGGAGCUGCAGUACUUCAUCUCCAGAGACUGGAAGUGA